AUUUAGAUUAAAUGGCAAAAUGAUUUUGAUAGUUUUUGAUUUUGAUCAUACUGUUGUGGAUGGUAAUACGGAUGUUAAGAUAUUGGAUGUACUCGGAGACAAAAAAGACAGCAUAAAGUAUGAAAGUUCCACUGGUUGGACUGAGCAUAUGAGACAAAUAUUUGUUCAGUGUGAAAAACAAGGUGUCACACCAGCUGACAUGAUAUCAGUUUUAAAAGAGCUUGCAUUGACAAAGGGGAUGAGAAUCUUAUUUCAGACCAUCAGAGACAGCAAAGACAAGAUCAAGGUUGUCAUAGCAUCAGAUAGUAACUCCUGGUUUAUAGAUGUUCUACUUUCUCAUUUUGAGAUAAAGGACAUUGUAGAUGAAGUGCACACAAAUCCAGCUGAAUGGAAUUCCAACCUUCUUCUUUUAAAAAGAUACACAACCAAUGAAAAUUGCACAAGAUGCCCAAUCAAUAUGUGCAAAUCAGAAAUAGUUUCUAACUCAGCAACUGAUGACAUUUCUGCUAUAAUUUAUGUGGGAGAUGGAUCAAACGAUUUAUGUCCAGUUAUCAAUCUCAGGGAGAAAGAUAUAGCUUGCCCCAGAGAAGGGUAUAGUUUGUCUAAAAAAUUGGAUAAAGUUAAAGUGAAGUGUUCUGUUGUGAAGUGGUCUGAUGCUGCUAGAAUAGUGGAUUAUUUGAAUAAAUGUUUGAAUAUAUCAUGAAGUAAAUGUCAAAUAACUUUUAUAAUGAUAGUUAAUAGUUAUGGAUUAUAUUUGUUAGCUUAAUCUAAUUUUCGAAUCAGUUUUAUCAGCUUAUACUAUAAUAGAAUCUAAGGAAUAUGCUAAUUAUUGUUAUUUUGUCCAUUUCCUGU